AUGGCACGAUCAUUCCCAGCCAGGGAGAGGAGGAAUCCAUUCACCAAAGGUCGUGGAAGAGGGUAUUUUUCCCGAAGGUCUCGUGGAAACAGAACCUCGAGCCAAGAUACCCACUAUAUUUCAUCACGGCCAUCUUAUUCCAGAGCCGUUUCGGUCGCAACGAGUAGAAAUCCGCAGAAUGAAAAUGAAAAUCUUCCCUCCAAUACAUUGCCACAUAGUCAAGUUUCUACCCAGGAGGAGCGAUUGGACGAUGAUGAUGAAGAGCUUUGCAAAGUUGUCAUGGCCGUAGAUAUGAAGGACCAAGGAACAAUCGGCUGCAGUUAUUAUUCUGCUCAGGAAGAGAAACUAUAUGUCAUGGAGGACAUCGUCUAUGGUGGGUAUGGUGUUAUUGACAUCUUAAAACUAGAAAUCGAACCCACAGUGCUGCUGCUAUCUCUGCGGGCUGAUCAGGGAUUAGAAGAUCCUACACAUCCGGAAGGCACAAGUCGUGCUACCUCUGACAUCGAUUCGCAUCUCCAGCUACCAUACCUGCUAGACGUGCGUCCAACCCAAGAGUUUGGAUUUGAAAAUGCAAAGAUCAAACUCGCAGCUUUCAAAUUCAACUCUGAGUCUAAUGAAACGUUUAAGUUCCUUAUACCGGGAACAGGCUUCUCUCAUGAUGGUAAUGUUACAGGAGAAAAUGUUGAAUUCACAGAACAGCAAGGCGAUUUAUUGAACAUCGGUGGGUUCGUUGACAUGGAAAACCGUAUAUCCGUCGGCUGUGCAGGAGCGAUUCUCACGUACUUGCAAAGGAAACGUGCUACUUUAUCCCUGCAACAUGGCUCAUUAGGCGCUCCCGCAAUCGGUAUUAGCGCUAUUGGGAUGAUUAGCCUACAAAAAGCAAUGCUCAUCAAUAGAGAUACCCUGGCUUCCCUUCAAAUACUACAGUCCGAGUCCCAUCCAAACGCCUUCAAUCAAGGCCCAGGCAAAACGUCAUCAGGGUCGAAGGAAGGAUUAUCUAUAUAUGGUCUCUUCCAUCAUUUUGCAAGAACACCCCAAGGAAAACGCUUGCUAAAGCAGCUUUUUCUUCGUCCAAGUACUGAUCCCACCGUAAUUGGCCAGAGACAUGAAUUCAUCAGUGUCUUUUUACGGCCAGAAAAUGACCCUACCCUUGGACAACUCAUCAAAAGCUUGAAGAAUAUUAAGAAUAUGAGACCAGUUAUGAUUCAUCUGCGAAAAGGAAUCAGUACUGGAAGUGCGAAGUUCAGAGGGUUUAAAGGCGUAGUGUGGUCCAGUCUACUUGACUUUGCGUUUCAUGCCAUUGAUGUCAAUCUAGCUUUGAAGGAAGUUACUGGGGUUCAAGCACUAGACGUUUGCAUGAAGGCACUACUAAAGCUUGAUCUAGCCCAGCUACAUCAGGUUGGGGCUAAAAUCCAUGAGAUAGUUGACCUUUCUAUUUCUGUCGAGGAGCAUCGCACAGUGGUUCGAUCUGGAAUUGAUCAGGAACUGGACAAUUUGAAGGAGACUUAUAGCGGUAUGGAUAGCUUGCUCAACCAGGUCGCUGUCAACAUUGCCGCAUCCCUCCCAGAGGCGAUAACUAAGGAAAUAAAUGUCGUUUAUUUCCCACAGCUUGGCUUCAAUAUCGCUAUGCCAUUUGACGAUAGGGAUAUGCCCAUGUAUGGUUCAAACGACGAGGACUGGACUCAGGUAUUCAACACGGAAAAUAGAGCUUAUUUUAAAGACUCAAGAAUGCGUGAAAUGGAUGAGAAACUCGGUGAUGUAUACGGAUUAAUCUGUGAGAAGGAAAUAGAAAUCGUUUAUAAACUUGCACAAGAUAUCUUGACAUACGAGAAGAUGCUUGUUGAUGCGUCUAAUAUAUGUGGGGAAAUUGAUAGCCUUCUGGCUCUAGUCCAGGGUGCUAGUUUGCAUAAACUUGUACGACCUCGCAUGACCGAGGAGAAUGUAAUAUCCAUCAAGAGUGGCCGUCAUAUGCUCCAUGAAGCAACAGUGUCAUCAUUUGUACCCAACGAUACAUUUAUUGUCGGCGGGAAAGGGUCCAUGGAGGACACCCCAAAUGAUGUGCCCUCUAACACUGACCCACGUCCCGCAGGAGAAACAACUCAGAGACCAAGCAUGCUCCUCUUGACCGGUCCAAACUUCUCAGGGAAGAGUGUCUACCUCAGCCAGGUUGCUAUCAUUGUUUAUAUGGCUCAUAUUGGAAGCUUUGUCCCCGCUGAUAGCGCCAUAAUUGGCUAUACUGAUAGGAUAUUGACUAGAAUAUCAACUCGGGAGACCGUUUCAAAGAUUCAAAGUACAUUUGCGAACGACCUUCAACAGGUAUCAUUUGCCCUAAAUCAAGCUACCAAUAGAAGUUUGAUAAUCAUUGAUGAAUUCGGCAAAGGCACUGAAUCAUCCGACGGUGCAGGUCUGGCCUGCGGAUUGUUUGAAUACCUCCUAAGUGUGGGAGAUCAGCGCCCAAAGGUGAUUGCAGCUACCCAUUUCCAUGAGAUAUUCGAAAAUGGGUUCCUCAAAUCACGCCCAGAGCUAGAAUUUGGUCACAUGGAAGUUCAAAUCAAUCGUUCCGCUGAGAAUGUUGAGGAUCAAGUCACAUACCUCUAUAAUUUCCGGCUGGGAAAGAGCAGCUCGAGCUUUGGAACCAACUGUGCUGCAAUGGCAGGGAUAGAUACUGGAAUAGUCUCUCGCGCACAGGAAAUAGAAGCAUUGAUACAUCGCAAGGAAGAUCUGGUAGCUAGUUGCGCAAGAAUGACCGCAAGAGAGGCGGAAGAGCUUGAACAGGCGGAGCAUCUGGCAAGGAAAUUCCUGGAAGCCGACUUUUCAAAUGUUGGUUCCGGAGAAGAAACGACAACAACAUGCGCCAGAUCACUCCUAGAGGAGAUAAUAGGGAGUAGGAUGGAUGAAGUCUCCCGUGUUAUGGGGUCGGAUGAGAAUAUAGAGAAUAGUCCACCUCCCGCUGUAAAUUCUUUAUCUCUCCUGUCGCCUUAA